AUGCUGGGUGCUUCGGCAACGCCCACGCAGAGGUCCUUUGCUGCUCAGCAAACAACAGGUGCUACCACCGCGAACCCACCACGGACCAGCUUUGAUCGUGAUGGCCUUCAAAUACCCAACUCCACGAAUGCGGCCGCGUCAUUCGGUGGCCGGAGCCUUGCAGCUUCUUCGGUGAUGUUUACUCCUCGAGGAUCGUCACUGAACCCUUCUCCCGCUCCAGGGAGUUUUGUAUCGGACACGCGCCAGGCCCCAACGUCUCGUGGCGGCUCCCGGCUUGACAUGUACAACACCGACAAACUCCCAGAUAUCGACGAUUUCGACGAAGACGAUGACACGGCAGAGAUCGAGCGGUCUCUUGCUGCAUUAAAAGAUCUCCUCAACCGAGAGCUCAAAAUUAAGGAAGGCAGCGAGAACAUGCUCGAAGCCCUGAACAGCAAAAAGGCUAAACAGACCAAAGACCAGCGCUUACGCGUUGAGGCAGAACUCUCUUCUUCCAACCAGCGCAUCAGAGAAAUUCGGAGUAAGAUCACCGAGUUUCAACGACCCCGGCCGGCACCUUCGACACCCUCCAAGGUGCGCCCAGAGCCAGCUCCCUUACCAGCUGGCUUGCGGUCUCCACAACAUACGUCACGCAGCGGAGCUGGCUCGGAUGUGGAAGAGCAGACGGAAUCGCCGACAUUUGUUCUAGCAGAGAUUCUACGAGCAUUAGAGGUUGAAGGCAUGCCCCCAGAGUACUACGUCGCCCGCGCAAACUCUCUUGUCGACCUUUUCAAGCGCCACCCGACCUUGAAAUACGAUCUUGUCUGGUCUGUGUUUGGCGUGCGCAUACAGAACAUGCUGCUUAGUGACCACAGAGAAAUCAUGGCAGCUGCCUACCGCAUGACGCGAUACGCUAUCUCGGACGUCACCUCCCUCAAGAAGAUCAGAACGCUCUAUACGGACUAUUUCGUUGUUCUGUCUCUGAUCAAAGACCGCAAGGCCGAUGUAGAGCGAGAGCAGGCGCUCAAAUUUGUGAGAGCCUUCUUAGAGACAAAAGACGGUGUCCGCGAGCUGUCACGGGCUGUCGUCCGCACCAUUGCCGCUGUGGCCGAAUCAGCUGAAGAUAGAUUGCGCCCGAUCUGCCUGGAGACAUUGGCUGAGAUUCUGGUUCGCGACCCGGGCCUGCUCAUUGCGUCGGGUGGCCUCUCUUCUCUGUCUGAAGCUUUGUCAGAUGGCUCGUACAAAGCACCGGAGAGCUUGACUUCUGCAAUUCUCUUCCUCCUGGACGCACCACAGCGGAGAAAAUAUCUGCGACCCGGGCACGAACUGGAGGUGCUGUUUACCGCUUUCACAGAUCAGUUCUUUGCUACCGAAGCGGUCCUCAAGCAGAAUGCCAAAGCAAUCUCAUCCGCCCUCAAGACAUGGUCUGGCAUCAUGACUUUGUCGAUGUACGAUUUUCGGGCCAUACGAUCCCUUGUUGCGAGCCUUGCCCUUCCUAGCCCUUCCAUAAGGGAAACGGUACUAGAGCUCAUCUACUCGCUCCUGCGCAUCAAGUCGCCGGCCUGGGCUACAUCCUUUCUUGCCGGCCGCCGCUUGACCACAUAUGGCCGCGUGGCGAGCCUCAAGUCGUCAACAGAGGCAAAACCGUCUGGUGUGUCAUAUUCUGAUGACGACGGUGGCGAGCAAAAUUUUGUGGAGCAUUAUACAGCUCUUCUCCUGGCUGUGUUCAUCAAAUCUGGCCUUCUACCUCACUUGUUGCAUCUCACCCAAGAUAUAGACAACCCAAUGCUGAGGCGGAAGUCUACGCUUCUCAUCGGCGAAGUCCUCCGUCUGUCGAGUCGCCUUCUUCCGCCAUCAUGGAGCAAAGACUUGCAAUUGCUCCCAGAGCUAUUUGCGGCGGCCGCAAGUUUCCAGGACGAAUCGCAUUUCAUUGCCAGUGCUACAGUCUAUCAGAUUAGCAGUGUCAGUCGAACGCUGUACCGUUCAACGCCAUCGUAUUGGGUCACCGGUGGAGACCUCGCUCACCACAGCGUCGACUUUUCAACCCUGUUAGACGAGCAGCCCAAGGCUGGUGCAAACCUAAGCUUCGAUGAAGCCACAUUCCGCCAACUACAGCUUGACUCGGGCGUCGUCAACAGCUCCAACUAUCUCAAGUGGAACUGGGACAUUAUUUUGAAGAUCAUUGAAGGUCCUCUGCUCAACGGGAAGCGCCUUGAAGAGGCGGUCCGUGCCUCCAAGUUCGUCAAGCGGCUGUUGAGUUUCUACCGGCCCUUCAAGUACAAGUUCUCCGACAUGAAAAGCACAAAAGGCACCCAAAAAUACGUCCGCGUUGGCUGUGCGCUGUUCCACACGCUGCUCCAAACACCCGAGGGCUUCCGUUAUUUGGGCGACAGCAAACUGAUCAGACAAAUGGCGGAGUGUCUGGCCCAAUGCGAUCCAACCAGUGGCAUCACAGCCCAGUAUCCAAUGUUUGCCAAAGACAGGCUAACGGACACGCUCUGUGGUGGCUACUUGCCGAUGAUUGGGGUCCUGAGCAGCGAUCCCAGGGGCCUCCAGAUGAUGGAGCGGUGGCGCAUGUUCAACAUGAUGUACCACAUUGUCGACCUGAAACAGCGACCGGAUCUGAUCAAGCUGCUCUUGUCCAACUUCGACUACUCGGUCAACGGCCACCAGCGCGUUCUGCUGUCGAAAGCGUUGACCGCAGGGACAAAGGACAUCCGCAUCCAUGCCACGAACGUGCUUCGCAAGUAUGUCGUUCGAUCCAGCUCGGUUGCUAUGCUCAGCAACGGCGUAGGCGAUUCAAAGUGGGCAAUCCAGCUACUCGUGACCCAGCUCUACGACCCGGAAGUCGAAGUCUGCGCCACGGCCGUCAAGAUCCUCGAAAAGGCCUGCAACAGUAAACAUUCACUCGAGUUUAUCGUUGAGUGCCGGCCGGCGCUCGACCAUCUUGGCGAAAUCGGCGCACCUCUGUUACUACGGUUCUUGUCAACCUCGAUCGGCUACCACUACCUGGACGGAUUGGACUACAUCAGCAACGAGAUGGACGACUGGUUCCUCGGUCGCAACGACGCCUACGUGGACUUGAUUGAGGCAAGUCUGGCGCGAGCCUUCGUUGAGAGUUCCGACGAGCAGCUUGGACGAAUACCUGUUUUCGCCGACGAGAGCGAUGUCGACACAGAUGCGCACAUUCCACCACACUUCUAUCGCGAGCUCACACGGACCGAAGAGGGCUGCCGGCUCUUGCGCGAAAAGGGGCAUUUUGACGAAUUUGCCACCACCAUCCGGGAUUACGGUAUGCAGACGGCCGAUGCCGAGCUGAUCACCAAGGUCAAAGGCUGCCUGUGGGCUGUUGGCAAUGUCGGUGCCAUGGAGCUUGGUGCACCGUUCCUCGAGAGCUGCGACGUUGUCGAGCAGGUGGUUAACAUCGCGCGGCACCAGCAGAUCAUGAGUCUGCGCGGCACGGCCUUUUUUGUCAUGGGCCUCAUCUCGCGCUCUUUGCAUGGCUUGGAGAUCCUGUCGGAGUUUGGCUGGGACUCCAACACAAACAUGCUUGGCGCAUCACUUGGAUUCUGCAUACCGUCCGACCUGUCCCAACUGUUCUCUCUCGACCCUUGGCAAUACGCAUCCCCCGCAUCGAUCGUAUUGCCGGCCUCGCAGAAGACUGCAAAAACCGAGCUGCCCGCUGUCCCCUUCCGGCCCCGGGCGGACACCAUUCCAGGCGACGACACGCCGGCAUCCCUUACCGCGGCAGAAUCCGCCGGGGAGGCUGCCGCUGUAAUCUUGGAUGCCGAUCCGACAAACCAACGGAUCUUGGAACUCGUUGUCGACCUAGGCAACAUGGUCAUUGUGAAGCGUGCAGCGUCUGAGCUAAUGCACAUUAAGAAUAAGGAGGGCAUUGCUCCAUUCCGGCAGCCAAGACUGUUCCGCAAGGUUCUUUCGCAGCUCGAAUGCCGGCACUAUCCACUGAGCAUCCGGCGCAUGGUACUUGACCUGUUCGACCCAAGUGUGAUGCGGGGCAUUGUGUUUGAGGAGGACGGGGACGAGUCGGAGGAAGAGGAAGAUGACUCAGAGGAGGAGGAAGAGGAGGCGCCAACGUACACGGGCAAAGGCCAUGCAAACGAGGGCGGCCGAGCUGUGCGAGGAGAGCAUGAAGGUGGAGAAGACGAGGACAGCGACGGCCUCGGAGAAGAUACCGACGACGAGGAAGCGUCUGGCCCCGGCGACAGCGAGGAAGGGGAAGAGGAAGAGGAAGAGGACGAAGGGGACGAAGAAGACGAAGACAGCUCAGGCGACGAACAAAAAACAGAGCGGCAACGGAGCAUCAGCGACCCUGCGGAGCUCCAGCGUCGAGACACGGCAAGACGACGGCCAGCGAGAUAA